UGGAAGCAUAGGACCGCACGGGACAAUUUAAAGCUGAGGAGUCAGCAGAUCUGAGGAGGGCCUUCCGGAAGAGGGGCCUCGGGUUGGGGAGGUCUAGAGCAGCCCUAAAAAUAGUUCAGGCGUGGGCUCCCAGUGGCCUUCAAGUCUCGGUGCACUUCUCAAGACUUGAUCCGGGGCGGGACCGGCAGCAAGGGAGCAGGCUGGUGGCAGCCCGAGACCCAGGAGGUGCAGGCGAGCAGCUGCGGGCGCCAAGGCCAAGCCCCAGGUUGAGGUAAAGCCCCGCCGGCGCCGCCUCCUCCUCGCGGCUAGGCGGCGGUGACCGCCUCGGCUCCGGUCCCGGACGGCUCGGCGGAUCUGCACACUGCUCUGGUGAGGAUGCGGCUCUUCUACUGGCUGCUCAAGCAGCCGGUCCCCAAGCAGAUCGAGCGCUACUCCCGCUUCUCCCCGUCGCCACUCUCUAUCAAACAGUUCCUGGACUUCGGAAGGGAUAAUGCAUGUGAAAAAACUUCAUAUAUGUUUCUGCGCAAGGAACUUCCUGUGCGACUGGCUAACACCAUGAGAGAGGUUAAUCUCUUGCCGGAUAACUUGUUGAACCGCCCUUCCGUGGGAUUAGUUCAGAGUUGGUACAUGCAGAGCUUCCUUGAACUUUUAGAAUAUGAAAACAAGAGCCCAGAAGACCCACGAGUUUUGGAUAACUUUCUCAACGUUCUGAUAAAUAUCAGAAACAGACACAAUGAUGUUGUUCCUACAAUGGCCCAAGGCGUGAUUGAGUACAAGGAAAAGUUCGGGUUUGAUCCGUUCAUUAGCAGUAACAUUCAAUAUUUCCUGGAUCGGUUUUAUACCAACCGCAUUUCUUUCCGCAUGCUUAUUAACCAGCACACACUUCUGUUUGGUGGUGACACUAACCCUGCUCAUCCGAAACAUAUAGGGAGUAUCGACCCCACCUGUAAUGUAGCUGAUGUGGUUAAAGAUGCAUAUGAAACAGCCAAGAUGCUUUGUGAACAGUAUUACCUGGUAGCUCCAGAGCUAGAAGUUGAAGAAUUCAAUGCCAAAGCGCCAAACAAACCCAUUCAGGUAGUUUAUGUGCCGUCACAUCUGUUUCACAUGCUAUUUGAGCUGUUCAAGAACUCGAUGAGGGCGACAGUUGAACUACAUGAAGAUAAAAAAGAAGGCUACCCAGCUGUUAAAACUCUCGUUACUCUGGGUAAAGAAGACUUGUCCAUUAAGAUAAGUGACCUAGGUGGUGGAGUCCCGCUUCGAAAAAUAGACCGUCUUUUUAACUACAUGUACUCAACUGCUCCUCGUCCCAGCCUGGAGCCUACAAGAGCGGCGCCCUUGGCUGGAUUUGGUUAUGGCUUGCCAAUUUCUCGUCUGUAUGCCAGAUAUUUUCAGGGAGAUCUAAAACUGUAUUCCAUGGAAGGAGUGGGUACCGAUGCAGUCAUUUAUUUGAAGGCCCUUUCAAGUGAAUCCUUUGAGAGGCUGCCAGUUUUCAAUAAGUCUGCAUGGCGCCAUUACAAGACCACUCCUGAAGCUGAUGACUGGAGCAAUCCCAGCAGUGAACCAAGGGAUGCAUCAAAAUACAAGGCUAAACAGGACAAGAUCAAGAGUAAUAGAACUUUCUAGAAAGCUGAGUGCUGUCUCUGAAGUCUCUGAAGAAAGAAUACCUUCUGCAAGUCAACCAGAGACUUCUACCAACUCUUAACUGUGGCACCAUUGUUAUCCUAAUGUUUAGUUGCUUUCUUUAUAAUGGCUCACUAUGUCCAUGGACCCCUUCCCAUAGUCGUUCCCAUGGUAUCUUCCACUAAAGCUUGAGCAAUUUUUCAUUGUGUCUUGCUGUGGCAUCAUUAGCACCCGUCACAAAAGAGUACAGAACAUCCUAGCGCUCUUGUACCCUGUGUUCCAUAUCUUGUUAUGGAGUUUAGUGUCUGAAGUCUUCCCAGCAUUCUGAGCUCAUUCCAGAUACAAACCUCCAGCUACGGCUUGGGCAGUGGGACUCAUCAGUGGAGCUCAUCUUGAAAACUCAGUACCAGGGUUCCUCCUGUCCCAUCCAUAUACAUCACCCUUCACUCUCUGAUUUGGACCUUUGUGCCCCCUUCAGCUGGCUGGGUUCUCAUUAUGAGGUGUGGUACUUGGAUGUUAGAACCUGUCCAUCUGUAUCAAUUUUAUUUUAAAGUUCAUUUGCUUACUUCUGUUCCAUUGAUUAAAGCACUCUAAACAUUGUCUUGGAA